UGCAGGGAAGGUGGGGCAGGCGGGGGAGGGUCCGGAGCAGGCUUCCAGAAGAAGCCCCCCUGCCUUUCCUAUCAGGAAACACAUCCUGUUAGUGUCUGGCUGCUAUUUGUUGCAGUUGGCUACGCCCUCCAGCUCACCAAAAACAGCCUCAAAAACAACCAUUUCCUCUCUGCUGAGAGACGGGGAAAACGCAGGCGCGAGGCUCACACACUCACUCACACACCCGCGCUUCCCUGCAGCGGCCGCCAGCUUCCCGGGACGCUGUCCGUGCAGGGGCUCCGGCAGCAAGAGGCCCUGAACGCCAGCUCAGAGCCCCGCGCCGCUGCUUUGGAGAGGGAGGCCCCGGCCUCGCCAGCCGGUUUCUGUUCUGCCGAGGCCUUCGCCUCCCAGGAAGACGGCGCCCUCACACCCUGGAAUCUGGCUGGUGCCCCUGCUUCCUCCCCGGGAUGGGCAGCUCCGGCUUCGGCUCAGGCCUGGCCCUGCUCCAGGUGCAGGAAGCAGGGUAAGGAGGGCCGCGAGGCGGGCUCACCCGCACCUGCUGCCCGGGCCUUCCCGGCGCCUCCAAGCAUGAGCGCUGAUGUCCUCUAGCCGCCCCGGCAGCGCCUUGGUUCCCCGGUGCCCGCAGUGACCAGGCCUGGGACUUUCUCCACAAGGGGCCGGCACCAAAGCCUGCGAUGACCGUGCAGAAGGUGGUGGCCACGGCCGUGCUGGUGGCCCUCGUCUCUCUCGUCCUCAACAACGUGGCCGCCCUCACCCCUAACUGGGUGUACCAGACGCUGGAGGACGGGCGCAGGCGGAGCGUUGGGCUGUGGCGGUCCUGCUGGCUGCUGGACAGGGCCCGCGGUGGACCGAGCCCGGGGGCCAGGCCCGGGCCGGCGGACACGCGGGACUGUGAGGCCCUGGGCUGGGGCUCCGAGGCGGCCGGCUUCCAGGAGUCUCGAGGCACCGUCAAACUGCAGUUUGACAUGAUGCGAGCCUGCAACCUGGUGGCCACGGCAGCGCUCGCCGCAGGCCAGCUCACCUUCGUCCUGGGGCUGACAGGCCUGCCUCUGAUGUCACCAGAUUCCCAGUGCUGGGAGGAGGCCAUGGCCGCAGCGUUCCAGCUGGCAACAAUGAAGGAGCAGUUCCAACACGAGGCGGGAGAAACGGCAGGAAGCUGGCGUGAAUCACUCGGGGAUAAUGGGUCCCGGCCCUUGUCUCCCUGGAGAGAUGCAACUUCCAGAAUGCGGCUGACAGGCUGGAGGCGCUUGUGCUGGAAAGGGCCCUAUUCAUCCAGGGUGUGUGGCCCUGGGCCGGUCCCCUCCCUGCCGCCCCCGGGGCCCAGGCCCAGCAAAGAGACAGGCUUGGGGUCCGGAGAACAGAGCCGUGUUGCGGCUCCACCACGGACCAGCCACGUGGCCAGGGCGAACCGCACCUCAGGUCACGUGACUGCAAAACAGGGGCUCGCCCGCCGCGCCUGGUUGAUUUUGGGGGUUCAGGAGGCACCCGCAGCAGGGUCUUGGACCCCCGCCUCCUCCCUCCCAGAGCCGUGGAGAAAAACAGACACUCCAAGUGCCAGAUGUGUAAGAAAAUCACCCCCUGCCCUCAGGCCGUACAUCGACAGGCAGCCCUGACACCAGCCUCUCUCGGGGAGGGUCUGUAAUUCCGUCCCUUCGAGAAGGAAGUGGGAGAUUCUGAGAACGGGACUGGAAAAGAAAGCUGCGCUAAAAACACCUUUUUGUGGCCGUAAAGAAACGAGAGUACCGGGUCUUGAUUCUGAAAGUAACCCCUCCUGGCAGGAGGACCGACUCUGUCACUGAAGUUCUCAGCAAACGGCUUCGAGACACCUAUGUAGAACUAUCAGGAAAAACACCGUGGGUCUGGUGUCAAAACUGGCAUCUCACUUCCCGCAAACUCUUGUUUCCGACUGACACUGUUGUUUCCGAACAACCCUUCCUAAAAAGGGAGACAAAACUCCACGCGGGCGGGUGUGCAGCCGAGGUGGCCUCGUGGGCGGGGGGCUGGCCUGGCCCGGCGGGGGCCAGGGCCACGUGCUGCUCUCCCUCUGGAGAGGCUGGACCAGGCUCUGUCCAAAAGCAAGCAGUCAGGCAGAGGCGGACGGAAAAAGCCAGAAGCCCAAGGGGCACCUGCGGCGUUUCGGACAGUCCCUCUGCCUCCGCAGGCCCCCCAACCCCCAGUGUCCGACCGUCACCCCCCGCGGGCCUGCUGUGGCCUGGAGAGGAAAUGCACUUGGCCCUGUUUAGACUCGUUUCAUUGACAAACAGUACAGAAUGCAGCUCUGUGCCUUUCUUCUAUCACACUGCUAAUUUUAGAGUGAGGUUUUUUCCUGUGCUCUGGUCUGUUUUAAACAGUCAGGGAGAGACUGAAGGGCGCCAGGAUAUCCUGUCCCAGGAGGGGAAAUGCCUGCUAGUACCUGUUAUGCGAGGGAACCUUGAGUCCCCAGCACCGGGCCAGAGGGUGGGCGCGGGCGGGGGGAGAAGGUGCUCCCUGAACAGGCAGGCGCCGGAUCCCAGGGCCGGGAAGGCUGGGGCCAGCGGGGCGGGAGGGGAGCGGAGGUGGGUGGCUUGCUCAGGCAGCUCUCAGCCCCUUCUGGGCACUAGUCUGCCAAGCUUGCACGAGGCCUGCCUGGGUCUGUGGAAGGGCGGCCCCCUGCUGCUCAGGGCUGCGGUGCCAAAGGACCCUGCCCCAGACAUCAGAGAGGACCCCGCACUGACAUUGGGGGGACCCCACCCCACACUGACAUCGGGGGUCCCCAUCCUGCACUGACACCGGGGGGACCCCAUCCCGCACUGACACCGGGGGAGCCCAGGGAUGGCCGUUCUGGCAGAUGAGCAUCACAUGUUUCACCCAGUUACUCUACCAAGCUCAGUCCACCACAUGCAAAAGUUUCCAAUUUUUAUGUAGAAUUUAAGGUAAUUUUAAUUUACCUUAAAUUUGAAAAAAUACCUUCCAGUCCCUCUGCGCCCUCACCGCCAAGAGAGUUCCCUGGGAGCGUGUCAUGCUGCUGCGAGUGCUGCCGCCGCCGGCAGCCCCAGCCCGCCCCUUCUUGGACACGAGCCCCCACGCCCUGCAGCCGGUUUCAGGAGUGGUGUUUGCGGGGACCUGGAGGGGCCCCACGUCUGCCGCUCUGUCUCCCCUUCUGGACAUUCCAAGAUUUUUUUCCUUGUUCUGCGCCGCCGAGAAGGUUGU